CAGAUCGAUCAGUAACAUUCAUCAGUUGCUUAGAUUCCCUCCUCCCCCCUCUUCACCUCCAUGGAUUCUCAGUUCUAUAAUGACUACUCUCUCCCUUCUGAAUUAUGUGGCUACCCAACUCCGGCUGUGGCAACAGGUUGCGGCGGUCCGGUUAUGAGUGGAGCAAUGUGGGCUUCUAGUGGUAGUGAAGAAAAUAACCUGGUACCAAUGUUCUGUGAGAACAAUGGUGCAGCUAGUUUUGAUGUCGUGUCACCGGAGUCUGACAUCUCGUCGUGUACCAUGGGAGCGGCAGCAACGUUCCCGGAGUUACUUGGGUUCUCGGAAGACGCUGUGGCGCCUGUUUCUUUUUCAGAGUAUAGUCAUCUGGGGUUGAAUGCAAUUUCAGGGCUUAAUCACAGCUUUGGUGGUGAUUCUUACCUCCAACUAUACAAUAAAAUGAAUAAAGGCAAUAAUCAGUUUGGGGAUCAGGAAUGCUGUACUGGAUUCAUGCCUGCUAAUUCUAAGCCUCUUGGCCUAGCUGUUCAAGAAAUUUGGGGAUUCAAUCAAGGAAACCAGGUGCCUGCAAUGGAAGAUCAGUCAAAUAUGAAGGUGGGACGGUAUUCAGAAGAAGAGAGGAAAGAAAGGAUUGAGAGGUAUUUGAAGAAAAGAAACCAAAGGAACUUCAACAAAACCAUUAAGUAUGCUUGUCGCAAAACCCUAGCUGAUAAAAGAGUCCGAGUUCGUGGGAGAUUUGCAAGGAACAGUAAUGAACAGCUAACUAAUGAAGAUUCAACUCAUCAAGAAAUGGCACCAAAAAAGAUUGACACCGAUUGCAGUAAUCAUGCUUGUAAUGACAGAUCUGAACUCAUGUAUUGUAGCGGCGGUGCUGUCCAGAUCAAAUAUGACGAGGAGGACUGGCUGCAAGAAGCUAUGGCAAGUCUGGUGUACUUACCUUAUGUCACUGCUGGCUGAGAUUUGAUACAUAUGUAUAGUGCAGCGCUAUAAUAUUAACUAUGUCUAUCUGAUUGAGUAAAUGAGGAGACUGAUGUUUGAAGAGGGCAUCGUCCUUGUAGAAGUUUCCAGCUAGCAACCAUCUAGUUAACAAGCUAGUCGUAGUGUUUGUAUUUGAAAUAUGAAUUAAUUCGUCCAUCAAGUGGUUUCAACUAGUUUAGCAUUUCUUAUUAUG